AUGUCUGCUAUUGUCAAUCGUGUCACAACACUUGCACCUAAACUUGCUCUUCCUGUGGCACGUUAUGGGCAAUCAAAAUUAUCUCGGUUCUGGUAUUUUGCUCGUGUUGAAUUACGACCACCUAUGCCAAAUGAAUUCGGUCAAAUUCAGCAAGGCUUUCAGAAAAUAGUUCAAUCAGCUACAACUGGUGCUUGGCGUCAAUUGACUGUUAAACAAUUUGCAUUAAAUACACUCGUCGGUCUUGAAGUUAUGUUUUGGUUUUAUAUGGGCGAAUGUAUUGGUCGUGGUAGUAUAAUUGGUUAUCGACCUGGCCGAAGUGAAGGCAUCCCAGCUCCAUAUAAAUACUUCAUAUGUGCAAUAAGUAUUAAUAUGAAUGAAACAUUCAUGGUACGAACAACACCAAAUGAUAAGGAUGCUUUAUCUACAGAUAAUGUUCAAUUGCAAUUAAAAACUACACUAAACGAUGAACCAAAUUGUACCAAUCAACAACAGCGACAAAAAACAGCAUCAUUAGAAUCAAUGAUUCUACCAAAAGCUGAUCAUGAUAUUAUGUUUCCAAAUGUAAUUGAUCUUAAUGUUGGUGGUUUACAUUUUACAACGAGUUUGUCAACAUUGCGUAAAUACGAAGAUUCAAUGUUAGCAGUCAUGUUUAGUGGACGAUAUAAUCUUGUUAGAGAUAAAACUGAACGAAUUUUUAUUGAUCGGGAUGGACGUUCUUUUGGUCAUAUUUUAAAUUAUAUUCGUUCUAAUCAAAUGCCAACAGAAUCCAUUGCAUCGGAUGUAUUACGUGAAGCAGAAUUCUUUUGUAUUAGCUCUUUAAUAACUAAACUUGAAAAUUCGAGCCCAUGUGUUAUAUCAUUACGUCGACGAGAAUCAUUUCGUCGUCUUAUACCUGAUUAUGAACAUAUGAAAAUGGAUAUUAUUAAUAAAUCAACUGAAAACCGUUCAUCUUUCCAAGAGUCACGUGUUGUUAUAACACAACUUGAUCAUACGAAAUUAAAAGGAACAAUACCUUGCUAUAAUUGUAGUCGAGAAUUCGUAACAGCUAAUCAUGCUUGUGCUUUUGAUGGUCUAACAGCUGAUUUACAAAUACAACAACAAUUAAAACCGAUUCAAUCAGACAUAAGCAUUGACAUGGAUAAACUUAUAUCAUUUGUCGUUGAUGAAUUAGUACAUGAUGGUUUUAAAGCAACAGCUGAACGCGUGACAUGUCGUUUUAGUGUUCGUUGUCAAAGUUGUACCCUUAGUGGUUUAUUUACAGCUGGUGGAAUAUUAGCACCAAGAGAAUGCCAAAAUAUUGCCCAUGUCAUUAAAUUUGUCUGGUCAUGA